AUGUAAUUUUAUGGUUUACUUCCUGCUCCAAAUCCUUUAGUUUAAGCUGCUGAUCCUGACAUUAAAUUAAAAAUGUAUAAAUAUAAAUGAAUAAGUGGAUAGAUAAAGAAGAAAGAUGGAUAUGAUGAAAGUGAUUCAGCAUUUAAUAUGUGGGAUUACUUUAGUGAUAAUAAACAUAAUCUGAUUUAUCAACGCUUUGAUAAUUAUCCAUGGUCCAUGAUUCCAUUAAAUAAUCAUCGGUUUGCUGCCUCAUGUUUCUUUGAUUGCAAAAAACUCUUGGCUUUAAAUAAAGAAAUAAGACUAACAGAAUUUACAUCAAUUUUAAAUAAAAACCUUUAUCCCUCUACAAUGAAAAAAAAGGAAUAAAAAUAAAUGAAUCUAGAAUAAGAUAGUAAGAAAUAUAAUGGACUUAAAUUUGAUUCUAAUUUUGAAAGUGGGAACUUGUUUACAUCAUAUAAAGUUGGGUUAAAUGAAUAUGAUUUGAUGAUGUAAAAUGACACAAAUACUAAAGGAAAUACUUAAUGGUUUUAUUUUUCAGUAGAAAACACAGUAAAAAAUAGUGUGGUUACUUUUAAUAUCAUAAACUUUGUAACUUAUAAAUUGUUAUCAAGUUUUGUAGACAAAAUGUGAUUCAUUAUUUAAUAUGGGGUAAAGACCUGUAGUUUUUUCUAUAAAAUGUAAUAAAUUAAAAGGAACUGGAUGGGUUAAAGCUGGAUAUAAUAUAAACUACUUCAGAAAUAAAUUUAAGAGAGAAAAUAGCUCUCUUAAAACUUAUUAUACUCUUUCAUUUAGUUAUAAAUUUGAACAUUCUAAUGAUAAAAUUUAUUUCGCUUAAUGUUAUCCUUAUACUCAUUCCUAAUUAUAUAAUUUUAUAGAAAGAUCAAUUCGACCUAAUAAAGUACUAAAUAAUAAUUAAAAUAGUUUGCUGUAGUAUAAGAGUUAUGUAAAACAAUAUCAAAAUUGCCCUGUCCAUUGAUUAUUAUAGGAAAUGGUAAGAAGGCAAUAGUCUUUUUGGCUAGAUAACAUCCAGGAGAAACCCCUAGUUCAUUUACUUUAGAGGGCACAAUUGAAUUUUUGAUGAGUAAUUGUAUGGAAGCAGAAGUCUUGAGGAAUAAUUUUACUUUCUAUAUAAUUCCUAUGAUAAAUCCUGAUGGAGUUGUUUUUGGAAAUUAUCGAUGUAAUCUUUAUGGGACUGAUCUCAAUAGAAUAUGGAUUAGUCCUCAUAAAGAAUUGCAUGAUUCUGUUUGGUAUGUAAGAGAAUUAAUUAAAUAAAUCAAUUAAUCAGGAGAAUUAAAUUUAAUUAUUGAUUUUCAUGGUCAUUCAAAAAAGUACAAUUAAUUUAAUUUUUUAGAUUUAAUAGUUUUUAUUAUGCUAAUAGUUUUUGUGAUGAAUAAAAAUUGCUACCAUUUAUAAGUUGUAAUUUAUCAAAAAUGAUUAAUCUAAGGGAUUGUUCUUUUAGUAUACAUGAAAGCAAGAAAAAGACUGCAAGAGUAGCAUUAUAAUAAGAAGUCAAAAAUUAUUUCACUUACACCCUGGAGAUCUCUUUUCAUGCUUUUCGAAAAUUAGGACCUCAAGAUUUUACUGAAUGUUCAUAUAAGUAAUUAGGUGAAGAUGUUGCCUUAUCAAUAUUUAAAUUAUUUGAAAAUUCAAUGGUAAAAUCUAGCAUAUUGCCUAGAGCCUUAACCUAAUAAUAAAAUGAUGAAUUAGAUAAUUUAAUAAAAUAUUGUGAUUUAAGUUAACUUUAAAUAGGUGAAGAUGAUUCAGGAAGUGAUUCAAAUCCAGAAGAAGAUGUUCUUUAAGAAUAAGAACUCUUUUCAUUUAUUGAUUAAAAGAAAUAAAACAAAAUAGUUAUAUAGACCAAGAAAAAGUUAAACAAAAUUGACAAGGCAUCUUAAACUGACAUUUAACAUUAUUAAAAUCUUAUGUUAGAAGAGAAAGUUUUGUAAAGAAUUGAAGAAUAAGUUAAAUCCAUCAGAAAACCUAACUCUGAUAUUCUUGGAUUUUAAAACAUUUAAGAAAUUAUAACUAACUAUCAAGAUGUUCCAUUAUAGGAAGGUUUAACAAACUCAUUUUAAUAAACUGAUAUUUCUUUAUAAUAAAUCUUAGGCAAGAUGUAGGUUUAUCAUGUUAGAGUUUCGAACAAGUAAUUUUUUAUUUUAUUUAGAAAUACCAUGUUUUAGAACUAAUUUACCACUUAAUCAAACAAACCAGUUGUUAUAAUUCUCAAAAACCCAUAUUCUAAACAAUAAAUGCAAUCAAAAUAAGAGACAACACCAUAACAUUAAGAAUUGUUAUCUAUCAAAAAUAGAAGGAGAAUAACAUCUCUUACAGGAAGACCUUCAAUUGAUUAUAAAAGAUUAUCUCGUGAGAGAUAAUAUAGCAUCUAAUAAUCUCAAUAAGAUAGAAAUUAAGCUAUCAGUUUCACAUAAUAACAAGUUUCACCUCAAAACUUUUUAAGUUAAGAUGCUACUUUUGAAAAAAUUGCAAAUAUAAGUAAAACCAAGUUUUAUGAUAAAUAAAUGCUUAAAAAUUUGUUUUGA